UUCUUUUAACAGAAAAUGGCUCAGCACCGCGCUUCCCAUUACUGUUUCGCCGUUCUUUCCACAUCCUUCUUCAGCUAUGGAACAAUGAUUCCAACUCGGUUCAGUCCAUUUCCGUCACUGACUGGUCUCGGGGAUGACUCGGCGAUGGCGAUGAAGUUGAUGCGGUUCUGUUGGUUUGGUGCGACGAUGGCUAUGGCGACGGCCAGGUGCGAUCUUAGGUCGGUCAGGCUCCGGUGGUGCUGGUUGGCUGCAGCUGUGGCGACUGCGGGCGCACUGAUAUCGGCCGGUGUUUCUGCUGGGCACGCGGCGGAGGAAGGUCUAGUGACCCGAAUCGCAUUCGGAUCAUGCGCCAAUCAGAGCGCCCCUCAGCCCAUAUGGGAUUCAAUCAUUAACUUUGAUCCCCAAGUUUUCGUUUGGAUGGGUGACAAUAUAUAUGGAGACAAAAAGCACCCUUUGAGAUUACUUGGUAAGGAGAGGACAUUCGGGCCUUGGAAGAAUGUUCCGAGAUUUUAUCCAUCCUCUGAGGAGGAAAUGGAGCUUUCUUACAAAAAAGCCAAGAGUAAUCCCGGUUAUUCACGACUGCGGCAGAAGGCUAAGGUGAUUGGCACAUGGGAUGACCAUGAUUAUGGACUAAAUAAUGCAGGAAAGGAAUUUAGUGCUAAAGUGACUAACCAGAGGCUCCACCUUGAUUUCCUAGAUGAACCUCAGGAUAGUCCACGGCGCAAGCAAGAAGGUGUUUAUGGUUCAUAUACGUUUGGUCCUGUGGGUAAACAAGUCAAGGUUAUUAUACUGGACACCAGAUACCACCGAGAUCCUAUUCAUAGUGAUGGAACUAUGUUAGGAACUACACAGUGGUCGUGGCUAGAGAAAGAGAUGAGGGGGCCAGCAACAGAGAUAACUGUGAUUGUAUCUUCUAUCCAGGUCAUAUCAAAUCUUACAGCAACAAUGGCUCCUUUAUUUGAUAUGGAGGGCUGGGGACGAUUUCCAAAGGAGAGGGAUCGACUCUUUAAAUUAAUAAGAGAGAGCAAGAGAGUUGGUGUGUUUUUUAUCAGUGGAGAUGUUCAUUAUGGUGAAAUCUCUCGGUAUGAUUGUGGUGCUGAUUACCCGCUUUACGACAUUACUUCAAGUGGGCUUACUCAAGCUGUGGAGAAGGCUGUUCCACCUGCAUUUCGUCCUGUAAUAAGAGGAGUUGCACAUUUAACACCAAGCACCAUGAGAGUCAUGGGCAGUAACUGUAGAUACAGUUCAUGUACAUAUGGAAAACCGAACUAUGGAGCAAUUGAGAUAAAUUGGAAUGGGACUCCAGUGAAACUGAAAAUCGAAGUCAGGGAUGUGGAAGGACAUCCUGUGACAGGUGUAAAUAUAUUGCUGUCAGAACUGCAAGUAGGGAAUGCAAAACCUGCAGCUGUUCCAGCUGGAGAAUAUCAGAGACAUUGUACUUUAGAAGUUGAUCUCCCAUGGCUUGUCAGACACCGCUUGGUUAUAUUAUCUUAUUGCUUCUUAACCGUAUCUUUUCUUGCUGUGCUGAUACUUGUUCACCUAGUUGUGAGAUUUUGCUGGAAACAUCUCGCCAAAUGCAAGCGUGACUGACUGACUGGAGUUACUGUACAAUCUCAACGACCAUGACCUUCUUCUGCUUCAGCGCCGCUUUAUGAAUCUUCGACUCUUGUAUGUGUAAUUCUUGAAAUUGCCUCCGUUAGCAAUAUCAUGAUGAAGCCUCAGUUCCAUCUGAUGAUAGUUCAUGCAACAGGGCACAAAGGGAAGCUGCUUUUGCGGUCAGAAGCUGUAGGCUUUCGAUGUUCAACAACAAAAAGUUGCAGCAUCAAUAGGUGUAGGAGAGUUUAAAGCCUUGUAUUUGAUAUAUCACUCGGUCGCAUAUGUCACAUAUGCCUUGUAUUUGAGUCUCUUGUCGGAUGUUGAAAAUAUUCAAAAACGGUUAACAGUGGACUUUCGCCA